AUGCGUCACCAAAUCACCAUCCUCGCCGUCGUCGGCCUGGUACCCAGCGCCCUCGGCCAAUCCAGCAGUGCCACAUCCAUGGAUAUGUCAAUGGACAUGUCAAUGUCGAUGGACAUGCCAAUGUCAAUGUCAAUGGACAUGUCAAUGCCCAUGUCAACAUCCACACCAACCCCAACCCCCACAACAACCCUCCCCUCAAUCCCCUGCCUAGCCCCCGGCGCAGCCCUCCUCGGCCCCUCGCUCCCCAAACCCUCAAACUCCGCGCUCGCCCUCUUCAUCGCCAACGCAACGAACCUCAACCCCCAAAACGCCGCGCAACUAGCCACCGACCCAUGCGGCGCCGCCACCUCCCUCGUCUCCUCGCUCCCCUCAUCAUUACACAGCGCCGCGGCAUCCUACCAGACGCAGUUAUCCAGCUACGUGUCGGCCAACGCGCAGAACAUCAGUUCUCUGUACGCGGAGUGCAAGUCGCUGACGACGGCGACGACGGGCACGGUUACGGUGUCCGGGGAGAGGUUCGCGCCGGCGGGGAUUACGGGCUUGGUUGGGCUGGUUACGGCGUUUGCGGAUACGGGGUGUGUUAAGGGUCUUGCUGCGGCGGCGACGGGGGAGCCUACGGGGACGGCGACGGCGACGACGACAGCGACAGAGGGAGGGGGACAGGGGAGUAAGAAUGUAGCGGAGGUGGCGAGGCCGACGGGUGUGGUGGGCGCGGCGGUGGCGGCGGUUGGGUUUAUGGGCGCUGUUGCGCUGCUUUAG